AUGGAGACGUGCAGCAUCACCUUCGAGUGGCCCUUGCAAGACCUCAAACAGCACUUUGAUUCGUCCGAUUCCGACACCAAGUCCAAAGUCAUCAAGUCGGUGCCAUUCGGUCACGGACGAUGGACGGUCCUCUUCUACGCGCAGUCGGGCCAGCAGCAAUUCUGCUCGCUCUACCUCAAUGCCGAGCCCGCACCCACCGAAUGGAACCAGAACAAGUCGCCGUGGGAUAGCUAUGUCGCCUCUAGCAGUCCCAAUCGCUCGCAGGCAUCCCUAGCCGACAAAGCUGCCCCUGCUUCCGACGACGGCUGGACGCGUAAAGGCCUAUUCCGCUUCACCUUCAAGAUCCUGACUCUCAACAAGGGCACCGUGAUUGCUACAAAGGAAGCCUGCAACCACGCUUUCAGCCACAAGACUUCCAACUGGGGCUGGGCGCAGUUUGCGUCGCGUUCUUCCGUCUUCUAUGCCAACGAAGAAGCGCGCCAGACCAACGCCUUUCUCAUCUCGGUCACCAUCACCGCCAGUGCGGAACCUCCCCGUUCACAGCCGCUGGGCGUCAUGGUGCCGCCCGCCCUGAUUCAAGCCAUGGGCUCGCUUCUCGACGACCCGGAUCACAGCGACGUCGUCUUUGUCAUUCGCCGCAAACGCCGCCAUCCCAAGACGGGCGUCAUCGUCACGCGGGAACGUCGCAUUUACGCCAUCAAGAAGAUCUUGGCUUCUCGCUGCGAGUACUUCCGCGACAUGUUUGAGAGCGGCUUCGCCGAGGGCGAUGCCACCACUGGCUCGGAUGAUGAGGUAAACGACGAUGCUUCCCUUGCACAUGCAACCUCACGCGGCGUCGGGCAGGACGGUCUCGGUCUCAUCACCAGCAGCGCUUUCCCUUCUUCUGUCGAUGACGACGACGACGAUGAGCUCGGACUCGAAGACUCGGACGAGGACAUGGACGUGGAUGAAGUCUAUGAGAUGGGCAGAUCCAACUUCAACGACCAGCGCAGGAACAGCGAGGCGGCUCCGGGACGUUCCUUCGCCUUGGCACCAGCACUGACGCCUCACAAAGCGACCACGAGCGCUUCCGACUCGUCUGCAGCGCGGCGUACACGCGAGACAAGCUCAGACGUUCCUCUGAUCUCCGGUUUGACGUCGACUCAACCACCGCCCCUGCCUUCCGACUCGGUACGAGCAUCCAGCUACGCACCUUUGCAGCAGACGACACCUCCUCAGUCACGCAUCAGACAGGCCAACGAUCAGGACGCGGGAACCGACAGCGGCGAAGGUGCGUCACGGGCGCAAGGCAUGUCGGCCUUCCAGACUCCGCAGCACUCCCCUCGAGCGCUGAGACCGGACGGCUCGGCGUUUGUCUCCCCUUCAAAGACCAAUGUCGCAUCGAUCUCUGCGCAGCUCCGCUCGACGCAGCCUCUUCAAGCUCAGUCUUCCGCGCAGACUCGUCAUGACACAAGAGCUUUGCCUUUUCAUCACAAGUCGACAGAGGCGAAUGCAUCCAGUGCACAUAGCGGAAAGAAGAGGCGCAAGGUGAUCGUACGAGACGCAGCCUACGCCACGUACAAGGCGCUGCUGUACUAUCUCUACACCGACACGAUUGCGUUUGCGCCCCUCCACUCGCAUUUUUAUUCGCAGACGACGUCCUCGGAUGGUAAGUCUGACGUGAACGCAGAAGAGCAAAAUCUCUCGACCGGAGCGUCGGCAUCUUACGCCGCAGCGGAGGCCGGCGCAGCUCUCACCCGCGAAGGUUCUAGUGCUGCUGCUGCUACUGCUUCAGGCAGCAGCUUUGCCCAAGACCGACGACGUGCGCACCACCUGCGUCAGAAUGUCAUCGACGAGUACUGCACGGCACACGCCAACGUGCCGGCACCGUGUUCGGCCAAGUCCAUGUACCGGCUCGCAGACAAGCUUCAGAUUCCGGAGCUGAAGACGCGAGCGCAACAGGAGCUUGCCAACAGCCUCACCGUCGACAACAUCGUAUGGGAAGCCUUCUCAGGAUUCAACUCGCAGUUCCCCACGAUCCGCAAGAUGGAGACCGACUUUUUGCUCAAGCACUGGUCCGAGGUCAAAGGCACCGAGGUGAUGAAGAACAUUGUCUCGAGGCCCAGCGCUCAUCCCGGUCUGGCGGACAUAUGGCCGCAUCUGCUCAGCCAGCUCGAGUUCCGUGGUUCCGGCUCCGAGAGCAAGUCUGAGAGCCCGGCUUGA